CGACCGGAACCUGCCGAGGAGCCUCCGGCUGACUUGACGCUGCUCGUGUGUUGCCCACAGACUCCAGGCAGGAGCGACACUGUGAGAGCAGCAGCAGCAACUGGUCCACGCAGCCCGCCGGUGUCUCCACUGCUGCUGCCUCCGCUUCAACACCUUCAGCCCCGGCGGAGAAGAACCGACACAACUGCCGCAGUCCACGGCUGUUUGCCGCAGGUGGAGUCGACGCGUCACUGCGCUGCUUUUACGCACAAUCCGAGGCUUUUUUGAGACUUGACAAGCUGAGCUUCUUCGCCAAUGGCAAGUCCGGUGGCAGACAUAGGACAGUCUCAUCAUCAUCAUCAUCAGCAGCAGCAGCAUCAGCAUCCUCCUCCUCCUCAUCAUCAGCAGCAGCCUGGCACUGUGUCGGCCGCAGACUCCGCGUUCCAGGAGGCGCAGAAAUGGAUCGAGGCCGUGACGGGAAGAUGUUUUGGUGACAAAGAUUUCAGAGGGGGUUUGGAGAACGGCAUACUGCUGUGCGAGUUGCUGAGCUCCAUUAAACCCGGUCUAGUGAAGAAAAUUAACAGACUCCCUACACCCAUUGCUGGUCUGGACAACCUCAGUGUGUUUCUUCGCGGCUGUGAGGAGUUGGGACUGAAAGGCUCUCAGCUGUUUGACCCCGGGGACCUGCAGGACACGCCGACACGCCCCACCGCCAAGGGAAGUGACUGCAGCCGAAAACUCAAGAAUGUUUUAAUCACCAUCUACUGGUUGGGUCGUGCUGCCAACGGCUGUACCUCCUACAACGGGCCCACGCUGGACCUGAAAGAGUUUGAAGGCCUGCUGGCGCAGAUGCGAAAGGAGGCAGAAGAGGCAGAAAGCCCCAAACGCAGCAUCCGUGACAGCGGCUACAUCGACUGCUGGGACUCCGAGCGCAGUGACUCUCUCUCCCCACCACACCACGGCCGCGAGGACUCCUUUGACAGCCUGGACUCCUUCGGCUCGCGCUCACGACAAACCCCGUCGCCAGACGUCCCGGUCGCCCGCUGCAGCAGCGAUGGUCGUGGCAGCGACUCGGAAUCCGACGGUCCCAACCUCCGAAAGAUGCCCGACCUCCGCAAAGACGACAUGCUGGCACGUCGGACGUCCGUCAGCGAGCCGCGGACCGCCAUGCCCUUCAACCAGUACCUCCCCAACAAGAGCAACCAGAGUGGAUACGUGCCCACACCGCUGCGCAAGAAGAAAAGCGACAAAGAGGACGGAGGACGCAAGAGCUGGAGUACUGCCACGUCACCUAUAGGGGGAGACAGACCUCUCAGUCCAAAUGGCAACCCUAGGCUAGACACCCAAACUCCACACUCCACCCCGCCCCCUGAACCCCACACACAGAUUCAUGUGGACCAUCAGAGAGUAGAGGAGGAGGAGGAGGAGGAGGAAGGGGAGCUUACUGCAUCCACAGCGAGCAGGAGGAGCAGUGAGCCUCUGCACUGUAGCCUCCUCCAGCCCCAUGCAGAGCCUCACACGGAGACUGUAACUCACCCGACAGUCACAUCUGAGUACAGCAGUCCAGCUCGCUCCUGCUCAGAGGAACUGUUCCGCCGCUCGCCAACAACUCCGUCAGGAAACGGAAACGCCAUGGCAGCGUCGGGAGGGACGCCAGAGAGGGAGGAGUUUAGAGUGAGGAUGGUAGUCGCUGGCACUCCACCUGUCGCAGACGUAGACCAGGUGGAGAAGCAGGUGUGUCGACUGCUGACCUCUCCUAAACGCAUUGCCACCCUGAGUCCCUCCCACCUGCUUUCAGUGCCCGCUGCCAUGGCAACCACUUCAAAAGAAACAGCCAGUACGGGCAAACGAAGGGGCAGGGCACUGAGUGAAAGUGACGACCCACAAGGAGGGACGUCGUGGUUGGACAACGAUCUUCCAGCAACAUUCAGCCGCACAGAUAGUGUGUCGGACGAUUCACAGAGUGUGAGUAUGAUCGACAUGCGUGGUGAAGAGGAGACCAUCACGCAGCCCCAUAAUCAGGUGCGUCAUGCGCUGAUGCACAAUCAGUACACCAAGAUGAAGGAAGAGGAGGAUCACUGGCAGGAUGACCUGGCGAAGUGGAAAAAUCGGAGGAGGAGUGUUUCUCAGGACCUGAUCAAGAAGGAGGAGGAGAGGAAGAUGAUGGAGCAGCUGUUGACUGGAGACACCUGUAUCUCGCAGAGGAGGAGAAGCAUCAAGACGUACAGAGAGAUCGUGCAGGACAAAGAGCGUCGUGAGGAGGAGCUGCGUGAUGCCUACAGAAGAGCCAGAACCCCAGAGGAGGCGUCGGCCAUCCUCCACCGUUACGCCCAGCGCUUCUCCAUCAGCGACGCCGUCCUGGAGCGCCUGCAGCUGCCAAAGCUCUUGGAUCGCAGCAUCUCCGCCGACCCCUCCUUCCCCGGCUCGCCCUUCCCUCUCUCCCUCUCCGCCUCCCCGACGACCCCCGACCCCUUUGACGAGGACCCCAAUGGCCCGCUGAGGUUCCUGCGCCAGCAGUCCGCUCCGGCUCCAAAGUUCACGUCCACGCUGGAGGCGCGAAUCGAGGAGUUUCCCAAAGACUCGUCCUCGCACCAGCGGCCCCAGAUCCGCUCCCGCUCGUCUGAGCCGCCGUCCACGCACUCUGCUCUGUCGCCCAAACCGGUACCUCUGCUGACACCCAAGCCUUACUUUGAGUCCGGAGCCAGAGCGGCUGAGUCGAGGGCCAACAAGGCAGACGGUUUCCUUCGCGUCAACGGCAACGGAGGAGACAACGGCGUUCCCACUUCACCCGAGCGCCGAGGAAGAGAAUCUCCUCCUCGUUUCGAGGCGUCUCCUUCUUACACCAACACCAUCACUGUCGACACGUCCUCCUCUUCUUCAGCAGCAGCAGCAGCAGCAGCAGCAGCGUCUCCUGCACACCACUGUCCACUCGUGUCACCAACAGGAGGAAGUCCAGUGUUGGCAAAGGCCAAAGAGGCACAAGGUGGAACUGAAGAGGUUUCUGAGGAUCUCCAAGAGCAGAGAGGCACCGAGCAUUCAUCGCCACUCAGUCGGCCAACCUCACUUCCGGCGGAACUGCAGAAGCCACAGGAGAGCUUUUGGAAGGCUGAAAACCAGGCGGCGGCAGCAGCAGCAGCUCCACAAGAGAACAACUCUGAUGCUGCAGCUCACCCAGCUCCACAUACAGAAGCCAAACAGGAAGAAGGAAAGGUUGAACCAUCAGCUCAGAACAACUGCAGUCUCGUCCAGUCGGGGGUCGACGCACCACAGAAUCCGCCUGUAACGUCACAGGCGAGUUUCCUCACUUCCCAGGAGUCGCAGAAAAGAGAGAGUGAGCUCAGCUCAGCUGCUUCUCAGCCGUCACAGGAGAUCACAGCAGAGCUUGCAAACACUGUCAGGUCGCCGCUGGCAACCAGCAACCCUAAGUUACGCUGCGAGUUCUUCGCUCCACCAGGAGAGGCGGAAAAGGAACGCCGUGGAAGCGAGAAGUACCGGCGCGAGCAGGAGAAACUGAAGGAAGAGUGGGAGAAAGCACAAAGGGAGGUGGCGGAGGAGGAGAGGAAGUAUCAUGAGGAGGAGCGUAGGAUACUGGAGGAGACCGUGGCGCCUCUCACUCCUCGCUCCUCCGCUCUGCCGUCCCCCAGCCGUGGCGAGCUCUCGUCCACCGCCGAGCCCCACGACACCAUCGUCCGCUCUCUGGCCGACUGGGAACGCAAACAGGAACUGCUGGAGAGGCAGUCGAGGGCGAGUGUGGAGAGCGCGGAGGGGAGACGGAGGGAGAACGACAGAACCAGUGACAUCAGCACAGCUGAUGACAGCAUGAAGACAGGCAGAAGCUUAGUGAGUCAGAGCAGCAGUCAGCAGGAAACACUCGCUCACAGUCUGCAGAACGGCCAAAAAGCUCCUCACAUGAAGCCCUCCACUCCUGUGAAGAAACAUCCAGAGCUGACGGCGGACGGCAACAAGGCCGGCCGGCCUGCAGGAGAGAGGAGGGCUGGUCCCGUUGAUAAUAACAUGAGCCGCAGCUCAUCAAAGCCUCCUGCAGCAUGUCCACCCACUGCAGACUCACUGCCUCCAUCACCGAACAGGUCUGUCAGUGGGAAGAAGCUUUGCUCCAGCUGUGGGCAGCCGUUAGGAAAAGGUGCCGCGAUGAUCAUAGAAACUCUCAGCCUCUACUUCCACAUUCAGUGCUUCAAGUGUGGGGUGUGUAAGGGACAGUUGGGCGACACGACCACAGGAACCGACGUGCGAAUCCGAAACGGCCUCCUCAACUGCCAGCAGUGCUACAUCCGCUCCCGCUCUGCCGGGCAGCCCACCACGUUGUGAUGCUCUACACAACAAAAACAAGCACAAGGUUCAGUCCAGUCCCUGUUUGUAACACAAUGACCUGCACACAUCACACCCAAGAUUCAUCACGAGGCCAAAUGGGAGCGAAAGGUUUUCGUUAAAAAAACAUCUAAACACAAAUAUGUGGAUUUGUUUGGUCUCCCCGUGCCGUCACAGACUCACUGUUUCAUCACGAGCGUAAAGAGGGGGAGAAGAAGAGGGAGACGGUGGCGGGCGGCGGCCAUGUUGAAGAGAAAACACACGGUCACAUUCACAGACGCUUCAAACACAGACACACGGACGCUCUGCGGGGACGGGGACGCUCACGUCUUACUUCAGUAGAAUCAGAUUCUGCUUUUGUCCUGGAUGGAAAAGAAAAGGUUUGUGAAAAGCACUUGGUUCCAUAUGAUGGAAAAAAAACAAACACCUUUUUUCUUUUCAUUUUUUUUUUGGGAUGAUAAGAAUCCAGACUGGAUCUGAAUAUCUGCAGAAACAAAGCUCACUAUAAUCCAACCACAGGAAGUCCCUAUGUGUUUAAGCCUUUGGCCCAAACGGUGAUCUCUUUCCAUGUUCUGUGCUCAGAAUGACAUAAUCUAAUCCAAACACACACAUUAUGGAUGUAGUUCAUCACUGGGGCAAUAACAGCUGCUGGGGUCGCAGAAGGUUGUUCCUCGGUCAGGACUUUAAUGUGCCUUAAGAAAGAAAGCAAGGUGAUGCAGGAGAACGGAUGAAACACCAGCUGCUCUCUGGUGUUUUAUGAUAUUUAUCUUUAAAUUUAGGGAAGGAAGGAAGGAAGGAAGGAGAGAGAGGGAGGGAGGGACUUUGGCCAAAAUUUAAGGACAGACAAAACUGCAGCCCCUUCCUUACAUCACACUUUACUUCACAUCAUAACAACUGUUCAUUUUCACAUUAAUGUCAUUUUAAAUUUUCCGUUUGCUCCUCUGUGAUUUGCAGUAAUCGAUGCAAAGAAAGGAACGCAACUGUUGUGUAUCUGGGAGAACACACAGUGUGUGUGUGUGUGUGUGUGUGUGUAUAUAUAUGU